AUGUCUUCAACUAAACAAAGAGUUUGCGUUAUCGGCUCCGGAAACUGGGGUUCCGCCGUUGGUAAAAUUGUCGCACAAAACGUUCAGAACUUCCCUGACCUCUUUGAACAAGAGGUUCGCCAAUGGGUCUUCGAGGAAGAUUACAAUGGUGAAAAGCUCACUGAAGUCAUCAACCGUGAACAUGAGAAUGUCAAGUAUCUCAAGGGUAUUAAGCUCCCUCACAACAUUGUUGCUGUGCCCGAUGUCGUUGAGGCCAGCAAGGGAGCUAAUGUUCUUGUCUUUGUCCUUCCACAUCAAUUCGUCCGUGGUGUCUGCGAGAAGAUGAAGGGCCAUGUUGCUCACGACGCCAGAGCUAUCUCACUUAUCAAGGGUCUUGAUAUCCUGCCCGAAGGUAUCACUCUGUUCUCCGAGGAGAUUGGCCGUAUCUUGGAUAUCAACUGUGCUGCUCUCUCUGGUGCUAACAUUGCUGAUGAAGUCGCUCAAGAGAAGUUCUGCGAAACUACCAUUGGCUGCCGGUCAGUCGAGGAUGGCGAAACCUUCUUCAAGUUGUUCCAUACCCCUUAUUUCCGUGUCAAUGUCGUUCGCGAUUAUGUUGGUGUCGAGCUUUGCGGUGCUCUCAAGAACGUUGUUGCUGUUGGAGCUGGUCUCUCAGAUGGUCUCAAGUACGGUAGCAACACUAAGGCUGCUAUCAUUCGCCGAGGAUUAAUGGAAAUGCGCAAGUUUGGCAAGACUUUCUUCGGCGGUGUGGAAUCUGAGACCUUCUUCGAGUCUUGCGGUGUUGCUGAUCUUAUCACUACUUGCUCCGGUGGUCGUAACCGUAAGGUCGCUGAAGCCUUUGUCACUUCUGGAAAGCCUAUCGAUGUCCUUGAACAGGAAAUGCUUAACGGUCAAAAGUUGCAAGGAACCCUUACCGCCGCUGAAGUUCACGAGUUCUUGACUGCUCGCAAGAUGGUCGACGAAUUCCCUCUCUUCAACACCGUCUACCGAGUUAUCUACGAAGGCGCUCACCCCGAAUCCAUUGUUCGCGAUAUCUAA